AUGGAAAAGAAUGACAUCACAGUGCAAAGUCAGGCAGCAUCGCUGAGGAAUCUGGAAAUGCAAAUGGGUCAGUUGGCAACAGAUCUAAAAAGUAGACCCAAUAGAGCGUUGUCUAGUGAUAUUAAGGUGCCCAAGAGGGAUGAGAAGGAGCAAUGUUAUGCUCUGACAUUACGGAGUGGCAAGACAUUGCCUACUGCUCGUCCAAAUGCUCCAAGAAUCCAUAAAGAAUUAAAUCAAGAUGAAGGACGUGGGCUACAAACAGAAGCAUGCGAGUCGGAUGGAACACCUAUAAUCAUGCCACUUCAUGUUAACAUACCGCUAGUGGAAGCGCUGGAGCAAAUGCCGACUUAUGUGCGCUUCCUUAAGGACAUUCUUACAAAGAAAAGAAAGUUGAGAGAAUACGAAACGGUGACAAUGACUAAGGCCUGCAGCAACAUCCUUACAAGCAAAAUUCUGGAAAAGACGAAGGAUCUUGGAAGCUUCACCAUACCAGUGUCUAUAGGAGGGCAAAAGAUAGGCCAAGCACUCUACGAUCUAGGGGCAAGUAUCAAUCUCAUGCCCUUAUCCAUCUAUAAGAAGUUGUGGACAGGAGAAGCGCAGCUGACAACAGUCACAUUGCAGUUAGCAGACUGA